UAAUUAUGGAUUAUGGAUUUUGAGUAAAAAAGUUUAAACGACAUUGACAAAAAGUGCAGAAAAACAGCGUCUUACAAAAUCGGCGGGAAAAUCAUCUUAGCACACUUGACUAUCCCAUGGAGUACGAUUCAGGCUCCGACGGCUCUCACAUCUCCGCCACACCGCCUAAUUCUCCGCCACCUGCGCCGGCCCCUACGCCAUCAGAGGCUCGCCGCGCCGCUCUUCUCUCCUCCUCCAAAUCAAGAACCAAAACCUCAAUCUCCACCUCAAUCACUGCAAGAACAAUUCUGCAGCCCGUAAUCUCCAAGAAAAAAUCAAACCCACUUCCAAAGACGGCCCCAGUCCCAGUCCCGGAUCCUCCCCGAUCCAACCCACCAAUUACUUCUCCUCUCUCCAAUUUGCCUUUCCAAAUUAAGAAAGGCAACCUACAAAAUGGCAAGGGUGCUUCCGAUGGACUUCUUCAUGGAGGCCACUGUGCUUCCAAGUUUGCAUCUUUCUUGCAAGCUCAGGAUAAGAAUCUCAAAUUUGAGCCCGACAAUCCAAUUGAGAUGAAAACUAGGACUUCGGUUGAAAGUGCUGCUCCGGAAGAAGCACUAAAAAACGAUGUCGUUGGUGAGGGCUUGGUUAUGAAAAGAACACGAAAAAACCUUGGUGUGAUUGGAGGUAGUAAUUCUGAUAUGGUUAUAGAUAAAAAGGUCAAAUGUGGUAGUGAAGGGAAUUUUGUGAAGCUCAAUAUCAACGGCUAUGGCAGGAAAAAGUUCAAGUUCAAGAAUAAGAGGACUGGUUUUAGUUCUUCUUCUUCCAAUAGGUAUCGGAGAAAUUUUAGACGAAGCAAGGGAGGUGAGAGGGGUGGAGGAGGAGAAGAAAAUUGUGUUUUUGAUGAAGAGGGAUUGGUGGUGGAUAUUGGAAUGGGGCAGAAAACAUCGAAUGUUGAUGCUGGAUCAAUUGAAGAGGCUGUGAUGAGGGUGAGAGACGAGGCAUCAGAUGAAAAUUUGCUGAAGUUGUUGAAGCUGACGCACGGUUAUGACUCUUUUAGGGAUGGCCAGUUAGAAGCUAUAAAGAUGGUGCUUUCCGGGAAGUCCACUAUGCUGGUCUUGCCGACUGGCGCAGGCAAGUCCUUAUGUUACCAGUUACCGGCAUUGGUGUUGCCAGGGAUCACACUUGUGGUUAGCCCUUUAGUUGCUUUGAUGAUAGAUCAGCUCAAGCAUCUGCCUCCAGUGAUUCGAGGCGGCCUUUUGUGCAGCAGUCAGACAGCGGAAGAGGCGUCAGAAACACUCCGGUUGCUGCAAGAAGGAUCUAUUAAGGUCCUUUUUGUUUCGCCAGAAAGGUUUUUGAAUGGAGAAUUUAUUUCCAUCUUUUAUGGCUCUUCAGUGUUAUCUACCGUUGUUGUUGAUGAGGCCCAUUGUGUUUCAGAGUGGUCACACAAUUUUCGACCUUCAUAUAUGAGGCUUAGAGCCUCUUUGCUGCGUGGUAAGCUUAAUGCUGGAUGCAUUCUUGCAAUGACUGCAACAGCAACAAACAAAACCUUGUGUGACGUGAUGCAUGCUUUAGAAAUUCCUCCUACUAACCUUAUCCAGUCAACCAAGUUGAGGGAAAAUUUGCACCUGUCAGUUUCUAAAAGUGGGAAUAGGAUGAAAGAUUUGAUGGCACUGCUCAAAUCUUCUCCUUUUUCAAAUAUUAAAAGCAUCAUUGUUUACUGCAAAUUCCAGUCUGAAACUGAUAUGAUAAGCAAGUAUCUUUGUGAUAACAAUAUCUCUGCGAAGAGUUACCAUAGUGGUAUUCCUGCAAAAGAUAGGAGUCGUGUACAGGAUUUGUUCUGUUCGAACAAGAUUAGAGUGGUUGUUGCAACUGUAGCAUUUGGGAUGGGACUUGAUAAAAGUGAUGUUGGAGCUGUGAUUCAUUAUAGUUUACCAGAAAGCUUGGAAGAGUAUGUUCAGGAAAUUGGUCGUGCUGGGCGUGAUGGUAGAUUGUCUUAUUGCCACCUUCUUUUUGAUGAUGUCACAUAUAUUAAGCUUCGCAGUUUGAUGUACAGUGAUGGUGUAGAUGAAUAUACUAUCAACAAGUUACUCUGUCAAAUUUUCACAAGUGACAGAUCUUCAGUUGAAGAAAUUUGUUCGAUAGUCAAAGAAUCAGCAUCUCGUAAAUUUGACAUGAAAGAAGAGGUAAUUCUAACCAUUCUGACGCAGUUGGAGUUGGGUGAAGUGCGUUAUGUAAAAUUGCUUCCGCAGAUAAAUGUAACAUGUGUCUUAAAUUUCCACCAGACUUCACCACCAGUACUUGCAGCUAGAGAUGUUGCAGUUGCUGCAAUUUUAAAAAAGUCUGAGAUGAAAGAUGGGCAGUAUGUGUUUCAUAUUCCUUCCGUUGCAAAUAGCAUUAGAAUGCAAGCUUUUGAGCUGUUAAAUCACUUGCAGAGUCUAAAGAUGAAGAGGGAAAUAACAUAUGAAUUGAAGGAUCAAGCAUUUUGUUAUACAAUUUUGGAGGUACCAAAUGAUAUUUGUUCUUUGGCAGCUCAACUAACUAAGUGGCUUGGGGAGGUUGAAUCCUGUAAGGUACGGAAGUUAGACGUGGUGUUUAAUGCUUCAGUGUAUGCCGCAAAAGCUUGUGACAAAGCACUGGGUUGCCACAAUGACGAACAUACACCUUGUUUGCAAAGGAAGAUUCAAGAGUACUUCAAUGGGGAGUGUGAUGCAGAUAUGCAUAUUCAGAUGGAUCAAAACAGUCCAUUUUUGCGAGCAGAUACAAAGGUUUUUCUCCAAAGCAACGCACAGGCGAAAUUCACACCCAGAGCGAUUGCAAGGAUAUUUCAUGGACUUGGCAGUCCAGCCUUUCCUUGUGCUACUUGGUCAAGAACUCAUUUCUGGGGACGAUAUGCAAACGUGGAGUUCAGGGCAAUAAUGGAGGCAGCCAAGGAAGAGCUCAUAAAUUUUGUCGGGAAGAACGUCACCUAAACCACAAACAAGGGAUCAUCUUCCAUCAGCUCCCUUUCCAUCACAUCCUCUGUUGCUGAAGCUGUGAAUCGUGAGCAAUGUGGCGCACUCGGCUUGAUGUAAAUAUGAGGUUGAGCAGAGCAGAGGAUGACUACUUUUCUUCCACCAUUCCUCUCUGUGAAGAAAGAUACCAAUCUCAUGUGAAGGUAGGUUGAGUUAUGCUGCAGCUUUUGCAACUGGAUCCUAUCAUUCUUCAAUUUUCUUUACUGUAAUGUUUAUGCUUCUAAAUUCUACAUGUGUACACGUUAGAUUUUACUUUGGCCAAAUAAUUAUUAUAAUCGUCGAAAUAAUUAUACUGUUGAGUAUACUAUUGUGGAA